AUGAAGACCUGUUGUUCCUUCCUGCUAUUACUAUGCGUGGCACAGCUGCUCUCCCCAUCCGGUGCCCUGCCGUUCGAGCAGAAAGGCUUCUGGGAUUUUGCCUUGGACAGUCUAGACAUUGACAUGAAGGCCAUGAUGAAAGAUGAGGAAGAAGGAUCAGCCAUUGAAGAGUUGCCCACUCCUGAAAUGCCCACCUGCCCCUUCGGCUGCCAGUGUCGACUCAAAGUGGUCCAGUGCUCUGACCUUGGUCUGAGUGAGGUGCCAAAUAAUAUUCCUCCUGACACCAGAUUCCUGGAUCUUCAGAACAACCACAUCACCGAACUGAAAGAGAACGACUUCAAGGGCCUCACCAAUUUAUACGGAUUAUCUCUGAGGAACAACUACAUCUCUAAGGUCCACCCCAAGGCAUUCCUCCCUCUCCAGAGCAUGCAGAAGCUCUACUUCUCCAAGAAUCUGCUGACUACGAUCCCCAAAAACUUGCCUCCUUCCUUGGUGGAGAUCAGGAUCCACGAGAACCGCAUCAAGAAGGUGCAAUCUGGUGCCUUCUCUGGACUGGGCACCAUGAACUGCAUAGAGAUGGGAGGCAACCCCAUCCAGAACAGUGGUUUUGAGCCUGGUGCCUUCAAGGGUCUCAAACUGAACUUUUUGCGCAUAUCAGACAGCAGACUGACUGGAGUGCCCAAAGAUCUUCCCGAGAGUCUCCAUGAGCUUCAUCUUGACCACAAUGAGAUCCAGGCUGUGGAACUGGAAGACCUGAAACGCUAUAAGAACUUGUUCAGGUUGGGUCUUAGUUUUAAUCACAUCCGUAAUAUCGAAGGUGGAAGUCUUGCCUAUUUAGCGCAUCUCAGAGAGCUGCACUUGGACAACAAUCGUCUCUCCACGGUUCCCAAAGGCCUCCCAGAUAUGAAAUACUUGCAGGUGGUGUACCUUCACAACAACAACAUCGGCAAAGUGGAUUUGAACGCCUUCUGUCCUAAAGGACCAGCAGGAACGAAGAGGGCUUUCUACCACGGCAUCAGUCUCUUCGCCAACCCCGUCAACUACUGGGAGGUGCAGCCUGCAACGUUCCGCUGCGUCAGCGGCCGAAUGGCCGUCCAGUUCGGAAACUACAAAAAGUAGAGGAGGGGAGUUUGCUCGCAAAUGCAGAUUAGGAGGGUCUCAUGAUGGAGGAAUGAAGGAGACAGUUUAAAUUAAUAAAAAAAAAUCUAAA